UGGGCCCUGCUCCGCGAGUCGCCCGCGGCAGGAGCGCGCGGCCCGCCCUCAGGGCGGCGGCGGCGGCGAGAUGUUGGCGACGGGAACGGAGAGCCUGCUCCGCCAGGCCAGGGAGGUCGGGGCCGAGGAGCUAGGCAGGUUCUGUGCCCGUGUCAGCGCGCUGCUGCAGGCGGAGGACUGGGGCCCCGACACCCUGGACGCCCUGCGGAGGCUCUUCCUCAUCGUGGCGGCCACCAAGUAUAGCAGGAGGCUGGAGCCCGCGUGUGUGGCGCUGCUGCAGACCGCCCUGUGCUCGCCCCGCUGCCCCGAGCGGCUCCAGCUGCUGUGUGCCGCUGUGCUGAGAGAGAUGGCGCCCUCCGACAGCCUGAGCCUGUCCUGCGACCACGCGCAGAGCUCGCGGCAGCUGGGCCUGGUGGCCUCCGUGCUCUUGGCCCAGGGCGACCCACAGCAGGUCAGGACCAUGGGCCAGCGUGUCAUCAAGGUCCUAGAGAGUCGGCAGCCUGAGGGGCCCAGCCUGACGCACCUCCUCCCGGUCGUGUCCAAGGUGGCCAGCCUGGCCCCGGAUGCCCUUCCUGAAGAGCAGACCAAGGCGCUCAGCAAGCGGCUGGGGGACUGGCUCCGCUACGCCAGCGUCCAGCAAGGGGCGGCCCACGCCUCCGGGGGCUUCUUCUCCGCGCCCAGAGCCCGGCAGCCGGGCCCUGUCACCGAGGUGGACGGGACUGUGGCCACGGACUUCUUCACAGUGCUGUCCACGGGCCAGCGCUUCACAGAGGACCAGCGGCUGAACGUGCAGGCCUUCUCCAUGCUGCGGGGCUGGCUGCUGCAGGGCGGCCCCGCACACCCCAGCGCCACAGAUGCAGACGACCGGUCGGAGCUGGAGGGCUCUACCCUGUCCGUGCUCUCGGCCGCCUCCACUGCCAGCCACCUGCUGCCGCCCGCCGAGUGGCUGCGGGAGAAGGCCCUGGAGUACUGCCAGCGCCUCCUGGAGCAGAGUGGCCGGCGAGCCCUGAGGAAGGCCGACUCGGACCUGCAGAAGGCAUGCCUGGUGGAGGCCGUGCUGGUGCUGGACGUGCUCUGCCGGCAAGACCCCGCCUUCCUGUACCGCGUCCUCCCGUGCCUGCGGGCCCUGCGGACCCGGCUCUGCGGGGACCCGGCCUGCGCCCGCGCGCUGCUGCCCGUCGCCCGGUUCUUCCUGCGGCACGGGGAGGCCGCCGCAGUGGACGCCGAUGCUGUCUACCAGCACCUCUUCACCAGGAUCCCGUCGGAACACUUCCACAGCCCGAUGCUGGCCUUCGAGUUCGUCCAGUUCUGCAGGGACCCCCUUCUGCUGCUCGGCAGCAACCUGGACCUUCUCAAGACCAGCUUCCCCAACCUCUUCAAGUUUCAGGCCUGGAGCAGUCCAGCCCUCACGUCCGAGUUUGUGGCGCUCCUGCCGGCGCUGGUCGACGCGGGGACGGCCGCAGAGAUGCUCCACCUGCUGCUGGACCUGCCGAGCCUGACCGCAGCCUUGGACCUGCAGCUCCGGUCGUCGCAGGCUGCAUCUGAGAGGCCGCUCUGGGACAUCUCUGUGAGAGCCCCCGGCUGCCUGGAGGCCUUGCGGGACCCCCAGGCUCAGGGCCUCUUCCAGCACCUGCUGCGCGCCAAGGCCAGCGGGACCACAGAAAGGUUGACGCCGCUCCACCAGCUGCUGCAGCCCCUGGCCAGCUGCGCCCGGGUAGUCCAGUGUGCGCAGGCCGUGCCCACCCUACUCCGAGCAUUCUUCGCGGCAGUGACGCAGUUCGCCGAUGGGGCCCUGGCCAGCCGGCUGGCGCUGCUGCUCCUGGAGAGAAGUGAUGCGCUUUUCCAGGUUGAGGGGUAUGAAGCCGACGUGCACAGGCUCGUCCCCUCGCCAGCCCAGCCCGAGGACAGAGCUGUCCCCACCCCACCACCUGGUUCUCCUCCGGACGGCCGUGGGCCUGGGGUCUCUGAGGGUGCCCUCUCUGGCAGGGUGCUGAGCUCCCAGUUCCCGGCCCUGUGCAAGCUGCACCCCCCGCUGGUGGUCGAGCAGGCCAAAGAGCUGCUGGAGUUCGUGGGCAGCCUGGGGGGGCCCUCUGGCACCGGGUACAUGCUCACGUCUGUGGUGUGGGCCAUCGGCGAGUACCUCUCGGUGUCCUGGGACCGGCGCUGCACCGCAGAGCAGAUCAGCAGGUUCUUCGAAGCUCUGGAGGCCCUGCUCUUUGAGGUCACGCAGGCUCGGCCCUCCACCGCCCUUCCCAAAUGUCCUCCGCAGGUCAUCACCGUGCUGAUGACCACGCUGACCAAGUUGGCCUCCCGGAGCCAAGACCUGAUCCCCAGGGUCUCCCUGCUCCUGUCCAAGAUGAGGACCCUGGCCCAGAGCCCAGCCGUGGGCCCCGUGCACAGUGAAGACGACCUGGGAGCUGUCCGCACACGGGCCACCGAGCUGCUAAACCUGCUCAAGAUGCCCAGCGUGGCCCAGUUCGUGCUCACGCCCAGCGUGGAGGUGUCCCAGCCCCGCUAUCACCGCGACUCCAACACAGCCCUGCCCCUGGCCCUGGACAUGGUCAGCCGGCUGCUGGAGCGGGAGGCAAGCCUCCUGCCAGGGUGAGGGGACGAGGGCCCAGUGGGCGCCAGGCUGCAGAGCCUGCUGUUCCGUCCCUGCCAUGGCCUCAGGGGUCGGAGAGGCUCGGGGAGGAGGUCACCAUCUCAGCCUCGGUCUCUGCCUCCUCUGGUGGGGACAGCAGAGUCUCGGCUUUGGCCCCUCUUGGGACUAGGUGAAGGCUGAUCUGUGUCCUGCUGUUACUUGGGGGCAAGAGGAGAUAAAACAAAAAUAAACCUCCUUCACAAAACAUCUGUGCGAACAA